AUGUACAAAGUCGGAAACGUCGCAGAAAACCUCGGCCGAGACUCGUCGGAUAUCCCGGCCUCUCUGAUCAAGACUCUACAGUCCCGCCAUCAAAGCCUGAGGGACCCGUUUCUCCUCCAGUGUGACGACACGGCUUUCAACGACAUGAUCCGCCAAAUGGCUUUUGAGGAGCUAGAGAGGCCUUCGAGCAGCGGGGACGAAUGCGAAAAGGCUAGCGAUCUGGACAUGGUCAAGUCGUCGGGCGCAUAUGCCAUGGCACGGGAUGAUUCGACCAUCGCCUCCCGCGACAGCACGUUCUUCUCCAAAGAGGCCAUUCUGAGCGCCAACAAGCGGAUGCUAUGUGCCAAGAAGCGCUGCAUGAGUGUCUUCAAGCAUGUCCUGGCCAGGUUGUGUAAUGGAGGCUGA